UUCAACUUCCAGGUUUUUAAGGUUUUCUGAAAAGCCAGCAGGGUUGGGGCCAACCAAAUCUUGGUAGUCCUACCUCUGGAACAUUAGUAUUGAUGGUGUUUCUUCUUCUCUUCCUAGUCCCAAAGCUGAACCACAAAACAGGUGGGAUCGCUGAGGUGGGCAUGGAGGCAAAUGGACAGCCAGGUCACUCCAAGGCAGAAAAUGCAGGCGAAGUGCUGAGCGAGUCUGAGCUAGAGAAGAUCGGCCUGAAAAAACAGAUUUUACAGGGGUCACUUUCCACCCAGAUUAGGAAAAUAAGAUGCUCAGGAUCAACUGCAAAGAACUUGCUAUUUCAAUUCCUGCCCAUCCUUAGAUGGUUGCCACGCUACCCAGUCAAAGAAUGGCUGCUAGGGGACAUCAUCUCAGGAUUCAGUGUGGGAAUUAUGCAUCUCCCACAGGGUUUGGCAUAUGCACUCCUAGCAGGGUUGCCUCCAGUCCAUGGUUUGUAUUCAUCCUUCUAUCCAGUUCUGGUGUAUUUCUUAUUUGGGACAUCCAGACACAUCUCUAUUGGUCCCUUUGCUAUCAUUUCUGUGAUGUUAGGAAGUAUGACAGAGUCACUAGAACCAAAUGGAAAAUAUCUGGAAGUUAUCACUGGCACCAAUAAAACAUUUGUCAAUGAGAUCCGGAGGGAUGCAGCCCGAAUAGAGCUGGUAGCUGCAGUCACCUGCUUAAUGGGUCUAUUCCAGAUUGCCCUUGGCCUACUGCAGUUUGGAUUUGUGGCCACCUAUCUUUCAGAGCCCUUGGUGCGAGGCUAUACCACAGCUGCUGCAGUCCAUGUGCUGGUUUCCCAGCUAAAGUAUGUCUUUGGAAUCAGACUGGAAGAGAAAUCUGGACCAUUGUCACUGAUCUACACCUUUGUGGAGAUUUGCUCAAAAUUACCUGGCAUUCACACUGGUACUGUGGUCACUGCCUUGAUCUCCAUGGUCGUUCUUUUGCUCAUCAAGCUACUCAAUGACAAGUUUGAUAAGAAGCUUCCAACACCUAUCCCCAUUGAAUUUCUCACGAUUAUUGUCUCCACGGCAAUCUGCUAUGGUGCCAGCCUGAACAACAAAUUUGGGAUUAGUGUUGUGGGCGAUAUUCCCAAGGGAUUGAGAUCUCCUGAAGCCCCCAAUGGAAGCUAUUUUGGGCAGGUGAUAGGGAAUGCUUUUGCCAUUGCUAUUGUUAGCUAUGUCCUUUGCAUCUCCCUUGGGAAAAUCUUCGCACUCAGGCACGGUUAUAGUGUGGACAGCAACCAGGAACUGAUAGCCUUGGGGCUCAGUAACAUCACUGGUAGCUUUUUCCAUUGCUACAGCAUCAGCUGCUCCAUGUCCCGUUCCCUGGUACAAGAAAGCACAGGAGGACACAGCCAGAUGGCUACAGUCACCUCCUCUCUCAUCAUCCUGGCAACCAUUCUGAAGAUUGGAGAGCUUUUCCACGAACUACCCAAAGCUGUCUUAGCUGCCAUUGUUAUCGUCAACUUGAAAGGCAUGUUCAAACAGUUCAAAGAUAUUCCUGCACUUUGGAGAUCUAAUUUUACCGACCUGCUUAUCUGGCUUGUAACUUUUUUCGCUACGGUACUCUUGAAUCUCGACUUGGGACUGGCAGCAGCUGUGACAUUUUCACUCUUCACUGUAAUCUUCCGGACUCAGAUGCCUUAUUAUUCCAUUUUGGGGCAAGUAUCCACCACAGGAAUUUACAAAGACAUUGCUCAGUAUCACAAAGCUAAGGAAAUACCAGGUGUGAAAAUUUUCCACUCCUCUGCUACUAUCUAUUUUGCCAAUGCUGAACUGUAUGCAGAGGCCCUUAAAAAAAAGUGUGGCAUUGAUGUGUGUCAUCUCAUUGAAAAGAAGAUGAAAGCUCUGAAGAGGAAGCAAAAGAAAGACAAAAAAGAAGCCAAGAAAACUGCUAAAAAAUCUGGAGAAAACAACCCUGGAUUUGAGGAUGUGGAGAUGGAUGCAAAGUCACAAGAACCAGAGGAAGACAUAGCAGGUACAGAGAGCAAUGGAACUGUGAUGGCUUGGGACCACCCAAGUCAUCACCAGCCACAAUCUUGUUGCAAACCCAGUUUAAAUGGUUUGGGGCUAGAAAAGCCUUCUAUCCAUUCCCUCAUUCUGGACUUCAGUUCUGUCACCUUUGUGGACACUGUCUCCGUAAAGACCUUAAAAAAUAUAUUUAAAGAUUUCCAGGAGAUUGAAGUGGAUGUAUUUCUUGCUGGUUGCCAUGGCACUGUCAUUACCCAGCUGGAAAGAGGCAAUUUUUUCAAUGAAACCAUAACUAAGAACCACCUUUUUGCAUCAGUGCACGAUGCAAUUACCUAUAUCGCCAGGAACCGAGAACAGAGCAUGCCACACAUUGACACUAUUGGCUACAGCACUACCAUGUAAUCGGCAAGCAGAAAACAGGCUUACAUCUUCAAGAUGAUGUUCUAAACAAUGUUGCUAGUGAGGUAUGAUUCACCAUCAUUACAAAUCCAGAGAAGAAGUGAACCAUUACCAGGUGUAAAUGCUUAAAAACUGGAAGUUGGAAAUGCCUUUUCCUGGAGACUCAACUUUGGAGAAACUGAGAAUGAUUGCGGCUGAGAAGCUUUUGUUCUGGAUUUUUGAGCACUGAUUCUUCUAGUUCUCCUAAGAAAAUAUUUCAUGCAUUAAAAAAAGAAUCCUUCUCAGGUACUGGAAUGUAUUGCUCUCCCUACUCUUGGGAUAAGGAUUUUCCGUUCAGUCUGCCACUGGAUUUGGUGAGAAAACUGGGCAUUUACAGCAUGUUUUUGCCUUUGUGAUAGUCCUGAUCAAUAAGGAAAGGCAGAACAUGUUCCUUACAGAAGCAUCUACUCUCUACGUUUGUUCCUUCCUUCUUAGACUGGAGUUUUAAUAGCAGGUCUUAGAAAGUAAGUUUUUCAUACUUUGAAUUUCUUUGUUCAUGCCUGGAUGCAUUAAUACAGAGGA